CCAUUGAACAGACUUGGACGACUUAAAGAAAGAGAUUCAUUGAUUGAUUGAUUGAUUGAGUCUCAAAGAAAGUUAAGAAGCUGCAAAGGAGACCGACUCGCACAAUAACAGAGGUGUCAGUCAGCUACACCACGGAGAAGACACCCUCCGCGAUCUCCCAUUUCAUAAACAUCAAUCUCAUCACCUUUUAUUUAAUCUCAUUUCUAGACGCACGCAUCUGCCUGCCUACAUUUUGAUGGGGGAAUAAUUCUCUCUUCGAAUUCCAUCAGGGUUUAAUCACAACAAUCAAUUGGAAUUCGGAGCUUUCAACCAAUUCAUUCUGAGGGUUUCUACUUUAAUGAUUCACGGAUCAACUUGAGCAUGGAUUCUCCGCCUUCCCAAUCGGGAAGGUUUGCGGAUCAUUAUAACAACAACAACAACAAUACUACUCAGAAAGCAUCCGGCAUAGGCCGAACUGAAUCACUGCCGUCCAAAUCGAUCUCCGAUGUUACUGCUACUAGCCAAAGCUUAGCUUCAAUUCUUAAUAAUCCUCACGGUGGGAAGUCUGGCGUCUAUGGUUCAGAUACUUCAUGGGUUGGAUGGUUUUCUUCUUCGUCUGCUGUUGCCGUCCCUGAAUUUGCUCCUCUCGCUGGAUCAGCAAAUAAGCCUGGAUCUGAACUGACCCGAAUUCAUUUCCAGCAAUAUUUGGCCUCCAUUUCUGAACCUCACAGUCGAUUCGCAGAUAUUCAGGAACACAGGAGUAAAGAGUUCCUUGAUUUUGAUGCCAGUGGAGGUCCUGGUGAAGCUCUGGUUGCUUGUUUGAGGGAAGUCCCGGCAUUGUAUUUCAAGGAGGACUUUGCAUUGGAGGACGGAGCCACAUUUCGAGCUGCUUGUCCAUUCUCUACUGUAUCAGAGAAUGCGGUGUUGCAGGAAAAGCUGUCCCAACAUCUGGAUGUGGUUGAGUUGCACUUGGUGAAGGAGAUCGCUUUGAGGUCUAAUUCCUUUUUUGAGGCACAGGGGCAAUUGCAAGAUCUAAAUACAAAGAUUGUAGAAGGUUGCACUCGUAUUAGGGAACUAAAGGAGACAAUAAGGCUCUUGGAUGCAGAUUUGGUGGUUUCAGCACGUCGAAUCCAGGAUCACAAUACCACUAGAAAUAACUACGUGUCUUUGCAACAGAAACUGAGGGUCAUAUUGUAUGUCAAUCAAGCUCUUUCAACCCUGAAACUGCUUGUUGGAUCUGCAGACUGUGCUGGAGCUUUGGAUGUCACUGAUGAUUUGAAGCAGUUGGUGGAUAGUGACGAACUGACUGGCCUACAUUGUUUUCGUCACCUUCGAGAUCAUUUAGCAACUGCAAUAGAUUCCAUAAACACUAUUCUUUCAGCAGAAUUUAUGCGUACAGCUAUAACUGAUUCUGGGAAUAAGGAUGCUCUCAUACUAUCAAAAGCAAGGGCAAGCCUACCUUCAAACGAAAAACAUGGAGUUGUGCUGGAUGAAGAAGAAUUAUCCAACUUCAAUGACCGCCUUCUUCCUCUUAUAAUUGGAUUGCUAAGAACGGCGAGACUACCCCAUGUAUUGAGAAUAUAUCGUGAUACACUGACAGCUGAUAUGAAAACUUCCAUUAAGAAAGCUGUUGCAGAACUUCUUCCUUUUCUUCUUUCCCGGCAUUUUGAUCAUGAUGUAAUAGCUGGAGAUCGAGUAGGAGAUGGAGAUGGUGGAGGCUUAUCCCUAGCAAGCAAGCUGAAAAGUAUGUCAUCUGAUAGCUUUGUUGUUCUCUUGGGGGCCAUUUUCUCUAUUGUGGAGAUACACUUGAUUCGGGCUGCUGAAGUGAAGAGAUCCAUAGAAUGGAUUAUGGGUAACCUUGAUGGUCAUUAUGCGGCUGACACCAUUGCUGCUGCAAUUGCUGUUGGGGCAGUAGCAGCUUCGGAAGAUACUGCUGGUCGAGAUAGUUCGUUGCAGCUAAGGUCUUCCCAAAAUAAUGCAACUAAUGUGUCUUCACUGCAGGGAAGGACCAGCCACCAAACUGGUUCAUCCACCAUGUCGAAAAAUUUCAGAGCUGAUGUACUGCGGGAAAACACUGAAGCAGUGUUUGCAGCCUGUGAUGCUGCUCAUGGGAGAUGGGCCAAGCUUCUUGGCGUCCGUGCAACUGUUCAUCCAAAGUUGAGGUUACUUGAAUUCAUAAGCCUUUACAACAUCACCCAGGAAUUUAUUACUAUGACUGAGAAGAUUGGUGGAAGGUUGGGUUACAGCAUUCGAGGGACGCUACAGUCACAGGCAAAGGCUUUCGUUGACUAUCAGCAUGAAUCUAAGAUGUCAAAAAUAAGGGCAGUGCUCGAUCAGGAAAAAUGGACGGAAGUAGAGGGAAUUCCUCACGAGUUUCAGGUGCUUGCAAGCUCACUGCUUUCUUCAGAAGACAUUGAGCAUACCGAUGAUGCUGAAGAUAAUUUUACAACAAGUAAUGGAGAGGUGGUCACAGAAAAUGGUGCCCCUCUCAGAAGUGACUCUGGCUCAUUAAGUUCUGAUCAGCACAGUGACCAAGCAGAGUCUAUAACAGUCUCUUCAGAUGGAAAUCCACAUGUGCAAUCUCCACCUUCCAGGACUACUUCUGGGGAGAUCAGAACCAAUGUCGGUAUUUCUUUGCCUCAAAAGAGCAGUAAUAUUGUGGAACAAGGGAAGACCCUUCAAUUCAAAGGUCUUGGUUAUCACUUGGUAAACUGUGUCUUGAUUUUGCUGAAGACAUUGUCAGAAUAUAUUGACAUGAACAACUACUUGCCAGCACUAUCUUCAGAAGUUAUUCACCGGGCUGUUGAAAUCUUAAAAUUUUUUAAUACGAGGACUUGUCAGCUUGUUCUUGGUGCUGGUGCCAUGCAGGUGUCUGGUCUGAAAUCUAUUAAUUCUAAGCACUUGGCACUUGCAAGUCAGGCCAUCAGCUUUGCACAUGCUGUUAUUCCUGAAAUCAGGAGAGUUCUUCUAAUGAAAGUACCUGAGACACGGAAGGCUAUGUUGCUAUCAGAGAUUGAUCGUGUAGCACAGGAUUAUAAAGUUCACAGAGAUGAGAUACACACAAAACUGGUCCAAAUAAUGAGAGAAAGAUUGUUGGCACAUCUUCGUGGUUUGUCUCAAAUCGUUGAAGGUUGGAAUAGGCCGGAGGAUACCGAUGCACAACCGAGUCAAUUUGCUCGGUCCCUGACAAAGGAAGUUGGCUUUCUUCAGCGUGUUUUGUCCCGGUAUCUACAUGAAGUAGAUGUUCAAGCAAUUUUCAGGCAAGUAGUUCAGAUCUUCCAUUCUCAGAUUUCAGAUGCAUUCUCCAACCUAGAAUUCAAUACUCCUCAAGCAGAAAAAAGGCUGUACACCGAUAUUCAGCAUAUCCUUGGAUGUAUUAGAUCCUUGCCUUGUGGUGAUCUGAGCAAUUCUAAUACCCCAAAUUGGGGGCAACUUGAUGAGUUUCUGGUAAAGAGAUUUGGUGCUGAAGCUGCUCAAUAAAUAUUUUGCAAGUAGCAUCGUGGGAAUAUAUAUCUUCCAAUGAAUUCACUUGGCACUAUCCAAUUCCAAAUGACACAUUCAAUUGUUAAAUUCAGAGAUUCUUCCCCCUAAAUUGAGGGAGUUCAUUUUGUGCGGAGUAUCAAUCUAUCUAGCUUGAAGCCAGUGUUUUUUUUUCUAUCUUUUUGUACAUCUGAUUCUUUUUUUUUGGUUGUAUCAUUAUGCACUUCUUUUGUUGGGUUGGGUACUGCAUAGAUAAUCCAUACUUGUAUGCAAUAGUCUGUGCCAUAAUGUUUGUCAUUGAAGAUGGAUGGGAUAUAUAUAGAAGAUAGAGGAUAGGGAUAUGAUGAUAAUUUUGCUGGUUCA